AUGAUCCCUUUUGGGAUAAAGUUACCUUCUCUGUCAAAGUAUGUAGGCAAGACUGACCCUACAGUUUUUUUCCAAAUAUACACCAUGGCUAUGACACCUUUAUAUUUGAGAGAACCAAUAGUCCUCCAUCUAUUUCUCCAAUAUUUAGAUAGUGUGGCACUACAUUGGUACCACCAAAAGAAUAUAGUUUAUCACCAAACUAUCGACGAACUUGCGUCAGCCUUCAUAGAGCAUUUCAACAUACAUCUCAACUUAGAAUGGCUGGAGAAGAAGCUCAAGAACGUGAAACAAGGUGAAAACGAGAAAUUCACAGUCUUCAUUGAAAGGUGGAAAGCUGUUUCUGAAGAGAUUGAUUCUUUACCUAGCGAACAAAGACAAAUCGACAUGAUUCUGGAAAAGGUUAAUGACCAAUAUUCUAUUGGGUUCGCCAUCAAAACUUUCCAAGACAAGAAGAAGCUCCUUAAAAUAGGCAAUAACCUCGACGAAGCCUUUGACAAGGAAAGAAAAGAGGGUAAAACCGUGAAAGAAUAUGUUGCUCCUCCUCGACCUUAG